AUUGAUCCGAAGGAGCUGGAAGAGCUGAAAGCAGAAGUGAAAGCAGUUGUGAUGAACAACUGGGACCCCACUCCGAGACAAGUGAUCGAUCUCUUGAACGGCGGCAAGCUGGGAAAGUACGUAUGGAACCUCGUUGCACACGCGAGAAACAUGAUCCUCGCCGAAAUCUGUCUGGCCACCGAGUCCUGGCAUUCUUUCUACAAACGACUCUCUUGUUUGUGCCCCUCGUCAGCCGUGGUUGAACUCAUUGAACGCGAUCUCGACCCAGAUGUGAAAUAUUACUCCGACAUUGCGGAUAUGGUGAAACCUUCCGUGCUUCGAGAACACAUCAGACAAAUGGACAUCGAACUCGGGCAACUGAACGAAUCAUACGUCGGCAGCAUCAAGACCAACAUCCUGAACAACGACGAUGCGAAAGAGAGAGGAAUCACGGGCGAGUAUAAAUCGCUCGAGCAGCGGCAGCAAAAGCUCCUCCAGAAA